AUGGCGGCGGAGACCAGAUCAUCGGAGCUGCGAUCCAAGACAACCCGCGGGGACGACCACGUGGAAGAAGACGAGGAAGGCAGGGAGCCCAAGAAGAUGAAAACAACUCUGGCGACGGAGCAAGAGGAAGACGGCGACGGCGACAAGGAGUUGGAGAUUUCGUCUCCUCUCCGCGAGCCAUACGUUCCCGACGGGAUAAAAGACAGGCGUGCCAACCAGCAUAUAUUCACCGCCUACAAGCUCGCCAAAGCCAAAUUCUCUGAAAAACGAGAUCGCGUGAACAAGAUGCUGCCCACGUGCCAAUACUUUCAAACGCCGCUCGUCUCCGUCCCCGACGCCGGAAGGAAGGCCGUGCUCCCGGCCGCCAGAUCCCUGAUCCGCCUCUCCUCCUCUCUCGGCCGCCAGCCGCUUGCGCGGUCCGCCGGUCUCUGGAUCGAUUGGGACGAGGGGAGCGGAGCCGGCAUUGUUUUGACAUCCGCGCAUCUCAUCCGUGCCAAGGAGCCGCUGCCCAAAGACUACCGGAUGCUCAAAGACCGGCACCUGUAUCAUCCCGGUGCUCAAGUUACUGUUCACUUGCUCGACGACACCACUACGGAAGGCCGCCUGCUCUAUCAUCAGGAGCAUUACGACGUAGCUUUCUUCAAGGUUGCAGUCGAUCGACGUGUUCAACUAACCUCCUUUGUGGACACAGUCAACAUUGGUCAGAAAGCUUUGCGACUUGGAAGAGAAGAAAAUUUAAAUCUCAGGAUAACCCAUGGCAAGGUUAAACUAGACGAGGCGGAACUAGGAGAGCGACACCACCACAACAUGUACUUUUAUCCCGAUGAAAAAUAUGAGUGUGAUGAUGAUGGAGAGCCGGUCAUUGACUUUGAUGGAAAGGUUGUGGGGAUAAUCAACUGUUCUGAAAGUGGAUCCUUUGUUCCUUCUUCCAUUUUGAACAACUGCAUGUAUUUGUGGAGGAAUUUCGGGUGCAUCCCUCGGCCCCAUCUUGGAUUGCAGUGUGAGGCCCUGAAGUUUUUAGAUCCCAUCCAUGCUGAGUAUAUAUGGCGCAAGCUAAACAUUGAUGAUGGUCUUGUUGUUAAAGAGGUGUCAAUAGGAUCUCAAGCUGAGAAAGUUGGAAUCCGAGUUGGUGAUAUUAUUGAAUGCAUUGAUGGAGAACGUAUUUCCACCACAAUUGAGUUGGAAAACAAGCUGUUGAGCAUAUGCAUGGGCACUUUUGAUAGAGGAAAUGACAUUAAUGCUAAAGUGGAUGUUUCUGUCCGAGUAUUUCACACGGCCAACCAUGUCUGGAGAACAAAACAGUUAACUGUAAAUAUAUCCGAUCGCCGAGAAGUUGUUGAAGGAGGUCAAAGCGUUCUAUUUUAUGCCAUGGCAUCAAUGUUUGACUUUCCUGUUAGCACCUGGCAUUGCUUUGGAUUGAGCCAAAAGUCUGGCCGAGUUAACGUGUCAUAUCCUCCGGUCCACAACAUUCCCGAGCGUCUCACAUUGGACACCACUUAUGGCGUGCCUAGGUGCGAUGUUAACAAAUCUAGCAAGUGCCUGCUGAUGCGCAAAGAGUUGCUCGUGGAAGCCCGGAGAGCAGUCUUGGCUGUCCAAACAAACAUCUGA